AACCAGAGUGUCAGAGUGAAACGUCUCCCCACACAUCCUGGGGACAAAGUGGGCAGUUGGAGAGCUUCCAUCACCCCAGUCCUCCUUCUUUAACUGUAAAACUGAAGACGAGAUCUUUGUCUGGGUGGAAGUGACACAAUGAUCACCGGAUUCCUGUCCUUGCUUUGCCUCGGGCUCUGUCUGGGCUUUGAAGGUGAACACAAGAAUGAGAAACUUCCCAAACCCUCCCUUAAUGCCUUGCCGGGACCGGUGGUUAAGCACAGUGCUAAUGUGACCCUGAAGUGCCACUGUCACUUCCAGAAUGUGACGGUCAUGCUGGGGAAGUUGCAGGACCCUGGGUACAAGCAGGAGCAGAGCUCAGCAGGAUAUGAUGCUCAAUUCCUCCUUGUGGACCUGGAGCCUAAAACUGCUGGCAUAUACUUUUGUGCCUAUAAGACAAUGGGCUCCCACGAGUGGUCCGAGAAGAGUGAACCCCUGCAGCUUGUGGUCACAGAUACCCGUGAUGGAUCUGGAGCUUCCUCAGUAAAAACAGACACCAGAGUCAUCUUUGUCACCACCUUCAGCUGCCUCAUCAUCUUCCUCCUCUUUCCCUCUAUAUUCCUCAUCUACAGAUGCACUCAGCAUGGUUCAUCACAUAAAGAAGCCACCAAGAGCCAUUCCAAGUUCCCCAAGCAGGAGGCUUCAGAUUUACCCAAGCUGGAAACAGAAUCUCUCUCGUAUAAUAUCAAGAUAUGGUACCUUCACACCCUGAAGUACUAUUCAGCCAUGAAAAGGAAGAAACUACUGAUACAUGCGACUGAAGACCCCCAGGAAGACACCCCUGCUGAUGUAAACAAUGAGGCACCGGCUGAGGAGGAGCCCCUGGGAUCUUGUGAAUGAGCCACUGGAGGAAGGACUUCUCCCCUGGGGAGGAGAGUUUGGAUUCAGGUGGCUGAAGUGACUGGAUGUGUGGAAACCCACAUCACGCUGUGUCCUCAGCUCAUCGUCCAUGCUAAUAAAAUUAAGGUUUUUCUGCCCUGGCUGAUGUGGCUCAGUGGACUUCGUGCUAACCUGCAAAUCAAAGGGUGG